AUGAACCGAUUCCCUGUUGAUUAUGCCACUCAUAACCUGCCGUUGUUGUUUCUGUCCGGAUUGGACACAGGGAACCAGACAGAACAAGAUCUUUCCGGUCGGACACAUAACUUCUUGCAUGAGGGUGGGUUCAGAAUCAAGGUAGACCUUCCAGUGGUCCAGGGCCCGCUGGCGAGGCGGCUGCUCCAAGCCUUUCGCGACCAAGAUGGCUCUAAUAUCCCAUGGCACUCGCACGCUCUGCUCUCCAAGAAUGGCCGCGUGUUCAAGAUAUUGACCGUUGGACGGGUGUACACCCUUCCCCCCCGUAAAGCGCCUCCGCCUCCUCACUCCCCUCGUUUGUCAGCCACCGUUGCAAAUGGAAGUCCUCCAUCACCACUCGUGCUCCAUUCUCCUUUGUCACCUUUGACCCCUAGCUCACCAUUGUAUCCUGACGGCAUCAUAUCCUCGUUGUGGAUAACGAAACAUCAGUCUCGACUACCAUGCGCCUUUUUUGCCUGCUUCUCGUUCACAUCUGAUCCCAACACGAGCUCUCUCCGGGACAAUAAGUUGAAAGCCGAGAUCAACCAUAUUCGCAGUGUUUUCUCAUCGACCCAUUAUAAGACUAGGCUUGUGGUUUUGUUACUGGGUGAUGGUAACAUUAGCCCUUCGGAUGCCGAAGAUCGCUUCAACAACAUUCGACGUGCCACCGCACUCGAUGGGAGAAGCAUUCACUUUCUGCCUUAUGAUUCCUCAUCCCUCCAGGUCGUGGAUUUUGUCAAUUCGGUCUUAUCCAUUCUCCAUCCUUUCUGUGUAGACUAUUAUCGAGACCUUUCAAAGCAUGCUCGUCGAAAGCGUAAUAGAAAUUCUGUCCCCCCGCCCACUGUACAACCAGGGACCUCGCGUGUAUUGUCACUACGAGGUUGGAAUGUCCGGUACGAAUUCAAACUCGGCGUUUUGGCCGAGUUUCGACAAGAGAUGGAUGCGGCUUGUCGAAACUAUGAGACCGCUUAUGAGAGUCUCUUUGGCCCGGAGAUCAUAGAUGCCAUUGCCAUUUGGAGCCCGCGGUUCAACGAAGCAAGAUUGCUGGCUGACAUUAUUGCUCUUCGCACCAUCAGGUGUCUCCUGUGGACAGAUCAAGGAACGACAGCGGUGAGGUCCUGGAUCAUGCACAGGAACCGAGUCAGGGACUUGGUCAAUCGCCGAGGCAAAGGGACCGAAAGCUAUGGAUGGGAGGCCUGGCAGACCGCGUGGGCAAUGGUCAUGGCGGAUUUGUUGUCCAGAUCGGAAUAUCCAUUGCUCAAUAUCAAGAUUCCCGGAGUUCCUGACAUCCUUCCCAUUUUUGCUGGUGUCGACAAGUCUCUUCCUGCUGGUGAGCGUUCGACUCCAUGGGAACAACUCCCUCAUGAAGGGUAUUGGCUCGAUAUGGCCCGGAGAAGCACCGUUGCCCGUCGCAAGUGGGCUCUACAAAUUCCUGAGGAAGACAGACAGCCUCCAGGCCGGUCACCUGCAUCGAUGGUUGCGAGCAAGGCCCACCUCUAUGAUACGUAUUUAGCACUCGAGCCAUACCGUGAAGUUCCCACUGAUGGAACCACUGGAUACAAGUACGAGGAAGAGAUCAUGGCUACAUUGGACACAGCUAUCCAGCACUUUGCAAAGCGAGGCCAGGUACGGAAGAUUGAGGUCUUGGGACUUCAAAAAGCACUUGAACAGAUCGAAAUGGGGUCCUGGGCGGAUGCCAUUUCGACACUGCGGCCUCUCUGGUCGAGUCAGAACUGGAGGACUGCUGGGUGGUGGAAGUUGUUACAACUACUCGGCUGGACUCUUCUCGACUGCCUUGCUAAAGUGAAAGAGCCCGAGCUGGUGAUCCAACUCCUAUGGGAACUUUCGAACAACGUUUUCGACAGAAAGCCGGGAAUUGAUUAUGAUUUGCGCCACGCCAUCACGGCACUUGGCGUUGAUGGCGCUCAUCCUUCUGUCGCAAUUGACAUGGACCGAGCCUUGUCACCGCUUGUCCCAAGCUUUGCAUUCUCCACCCACAAUGUGUUCGUGGGAGAGCCGCUGGAGUGUCAACUGUGCAUUCAAUCGCGAGCGCAGACAGGACUUCGCCCGAUUCAGUUGACCGAGGUCAAAAUUGUGUUCGAGGGUGGUCUGAAGCCUGUUUACCUGGUCGCCGGAGAAAGUCAAGAUGCCGAGGCUACGUCCUCAGGUGCUGAAUUUGUUGAUGUUUGUCUCCAGGAGUCAACCUCAAGCACGUUGUCGAGAAAUAAAAGGUCCUCCGCGGGAAGUAUUGCAUCCCAGACGGGUAGGACUAAUUUGACAAUACCCUCAAAUCAUACCACAAUCUUCCGGUUUCGUGUUGUGCCACGGGAAGCAGGUGAGAUAUCGAUUGCUUCCAUCACACUCUUGUUAGAUGAGGACGAUUUCUCACUCGCCGUUACCACGUCAGAUUUCGAGCACGCCGUUGCUCAGUGGUGGGAGACAAAGGGUGGCAACCCCAUUGCUCGCCCGCUUGGGCAAGAAUCUAAUGCAUACAACAGAAUCAAUGUUCAGCCCAAACCGCCAAAUUUGCAAAUUGAAGCAUUGGGUCUCAGAAGAACAUAUUACACCAGCGAGUCCAUAAGCAUCGACUUGGACAUUGUCAACCACGAGGAGGACGACGCAAUUGUAUCCAUCGAGUCACGGAUGAUCAGUCCGGUUGCAGGUGCUGCGCAAGUACGGUGGAGCGAUUCAGGAGCGGACCAUGCUCCAGGUACAGCUUCGGCAUCCAGCAUCACGGCACUGCCUCCUAGAGAGCUUGGAACGAUCCCAUCCUCGGGGAAAAAGGCUAUUUCGCUGCGAAUUACUGACACAGUGAUCGCUGUGGAUCAUGAAGUUGAAGUUAUCGCGACCUAUAGGCUUACCUCGGAGCCCGAAACAAUCCUAACUAAAAGUGUGACGAUCGAUGUGGGAAUCAUACGUCCUUUUGAAGCCAACUAUGAGUUCACACCGCGGCUAGACGAUGAUCCAUGGCCAAGCUUCUUUGAGGCUCCCCCUUCCGAUGCUGACUCUUCUAGCGCCCUUGGGUUAAGACAUAAGUAUUCCGUCGCAGCAAAUCUUUAUUCAUUUGCCACGGAACCUCUUGUCAUCGAAGCCAUCUUGCUUACUGCACACAAAAUUGCUGGGGGGGCGAUUUGCUCAUCAAGCAACGGCAUCGUGAGAGCGAAAACCAACUCACCAGAAACUGGAAACCAGAUUGCGAUCCCAUCGUUGAUACGGCCCGAUCAAACGGAAUGCUUCGACUUGGAGUUGUCUGUUCAAAAACUGACUCUCGGUGACCGGCACACGGUGGGAGUAGAUCUCGCACUCGAGAUUGGAUGGCAUCGGCAAGAUUCACAGGAGAUCACCACCACGGUCCUCGAAGUGCCGAGAUUGGUGGCCCCAAUGGCGGAACCUCGUGUCAUGCUUAAGACGUCGGAAACAUCUCUAAGUUCUUCGAAUGUCCCUGCGCAUCGUCUGACUUUCAUGAUCGAGAAUCCAAGCAUGCACUUUCUUACAUUCAACGUGGCGAUGGAGGCGAGUGAAGACUUUGCCUUCAGUGGACCAAAGGCGUGCGCCCUCAGUCUGGUCCCCAUAAGCAGGCAGACCUUGACAUAUCGAAUACUACCGAAUAAGAAAGAUGAAUGGAUCGAGGUCCAUUUGAAUGUGGUCGACGCUUAUUUUGGACAGACGUUGCGAGUUCUGCCUGGCGGAGAUGGCGUCAAGAUGGAUAAAAAGGGCAAUGUAUUGAUCAAGGUUUAA